CUUGAACCUUAGUUCGUAUCUCCUUACCGCCAUCCAGGCCACUGCGAGCCCGUCAAUCGCAGUCUUCAACGGUGCAGCUGUAAGUACUACUACUUGCAUAGGACAAUAUGCCACGAUCUCUGGGUAGCCCGCCGCUUCCUCCAUAUACCUCACGCGACGUAUCCCCCGUCCGGCGGGGCUAUCAGCCAUUUACAGCUGGUCAUAGCAAUCCGAAUUAUCCGGGACAUGAUAUCGGUCAUCAGGAGACAUCACCAUUGAUAUUGAACUCUGAUUUUCCUGCAUAUGGUUCUCAACCUGGAUCGCCACCUCCGAAGCCCCAGCCGCUCUUGCAUAAGAUCAAGACCAUCCCGAUCUGGGUCUGGAUUGUGAUUGCAGCGACUUGCAGCGCGGGGAUUGUGGCCAGCAUCCAGACUUAUCGCGUGGUGGCAUUGAACCAUCGCCUUGCAGAGUAUCCUCCCACGCGUGCCGAGUUGGACGAGUUGAAGCAAGAGUGGGGCCUCGAGCUCACCGCGCAUAAGCAAAUGCAGGAUUAUGACAAGUGGGCAGAGGAUCGCCUCGCGUUUGAACGCGAGAGGGAUGAAUGGUUGGUGGCUCGAAGGGAUUAUCGUGUCGAUCAGGAGAGCUGGGACCGACAGAGGCAGCUGUAUGAAGAAGCUACCGAGGAUUGGCGCGGGGCAAAGCAGGACUACGAACGCGUCAAGAAAGAGACGCAACAAUACAUGGAAGAAGACGCACACCGCUUCCGUCUGAGUGAAGGCAACGCGUUGGGCUUGUCCUGGACUCAUGUCGAGAGCCAUGAAUGCGUCGCCCACGGUACGCGCGAAUACACAGCACGCAUCACAUUUGAUGCGGAGAAGGCUUGUGAACUGCCAAUCGCCGUCAAUGGCGCCGUUUUCGGUACACCCCAAGAAUGCAAAAUGGAUGGGGAUUCUCUUGUAAGCCGUUGGUCCAUUGAUCGAGGUCAAGCAUCGUGUAAAACGUACUGGGGCGAUCUCGUCGAUAAGGGUUGUACUGGCCAGGGCUCUGGAAAGCAUCGCUUCGAAGCACGUCUAUGGGGUCUUCCACUGGAAUUCGAUCUACGGGGAUGGCCAUGUGCACAACCACCCCUAUCGAUAUCCGCAGGUUUAUUCUCUGGGAUGGUCGGCAUGUGGGAUGUCGAUGACAAAUCUUGCUCGUGAACCAUCCGGAAUGUUGCACUCUACGUCGGCAUUCCCUUCCCUUCAUGUGAGUUACCUCUGGGUCUAUCAUAGCGAGCCGAAGCGACACCUCUUUCAAACACCUGUAACUGACCCUUGACAGGUAUAUGCGGCUCACCUGCCUCCAGGUUGUACAAAUACUGUCUUCGCUGUUAUCUGAUCCUCGCUCGUUAUGCUGUCGUACGCCCUGAAUCGCUUUGUGUUUGUUUUCUUGCCUGCUUGCUCGUCGAUUCGUCCAUCGCUGUAACACCUGUAUGACUUGUGCAAUUCAUAAG